CUGAAUUGCAGGAUAGAGACCCAAGAAACUUUACUUCGACAUAUUCGGCGUCUGGUUGAGUUAGGUCCAAGCAAGACGCUUCUGGGCAUGUCCCAGAAGACCAUAGCACCGAACCCUAGACAACCGAUACAACUUCUAGCAUGUACCCAAGAUCUACAGCAACUGUGCUAUGUCUACGACGAUCCGGAAGAGUCAACAGUUGAUGAUCCAGUAAUCGGGACUCCUGUAUCCAGCACAUUAGCGGAAGUAACAGCCCCCGAACCAGAGGCGGAGCCAGUACCAGCAGUGCAGGUGCAGGAAGCUCCCUUAACUGCCAUUGUCAUCAUCCGCGCUCUCAUCGCUCGCAAGUUCCGCAAGUCGGCAGCCGAAAUUGAUACUACCCAAUCAAUCAAAGAUCUGUGUGGAGGUAAGGCGGAACAACCAUGCACGGGUAACCAAUUGCAUGCUGACCGAGCCUAUAGGAAAGUCUACCUUGCAGAAUGAGCUGGUCGGAGAGCUUGGGAAUGAAUUCCCGACACUCCCAGAUCGGCCCGAAGACGUUCCACUUGGGGACCUGGAUACAGCCCUGGGGGAGGUUUCACUGGGUCAGGUUUCGUCCGCUCUCCUGCAGCGAGUGUUCUCUGCCAAAAUGCCGGCGCGCAUGACUGUCGCGACAGUUCGUGCGCGCCUGGCUACCAUGUGGGGGCUCCCUACCCACCGACAGACUGCAGUGUUGGUAGGGGCUCUGGCUGCUGAGCCACAGGUCCGACUACCCUCCCUCGAGGCCGCUACCCAAUACUGGGACGGGCUCACGGAGGCAUAUGCGCAGUCAGUGGGGCUGUCUCUGCAGCGACAGACCGUUCAGCGAUCGCGCAGACCCCAGCUUACACCAGGCGAUGACGACGAUAUACUAGCGCUCAAGGAUUCCCUCGGAGCAAAAUCGCUCGCGCGGAAACAGUAUGAAGCUCUCAGGCAGUACCUCGGAAUCUCAAAUUCGAAUACGGAGACAGACGGUUUAACGGUGGAGCUGCAGCAGAGACUGGACUCCUGGACUGCGGAAUUCUCUGAUGAAUUCCUCAGCCGCAUUACGCCUUGCUUUGAUGCUCACAGGGCCCGGCAGUACCGUGACUGGUGGAAUGCAGCCCGUCAAGAACUACUUGCUGUCUGCGAACUGGGUGCCGAGGCGGUCUUUACGGAGCAGCUACGAGAUGUUCUUUGUCGACGAUCUGAUCGCAGUCUUGUUCGGGUCGCCCAGGCCAAUCCAGCGGCACGCAUACUGGCCCCGGCCCUCGUCGCUGCACUCGACUCGCCCCCCAGAGUCCGGUUGGGAGAGUCUUUGACCAUGGCUCCCCAGACUGUGGUGUCGCGGACGGGAGUGAUUGAAUACCAUGAGCAUCCCCGGGAUCCCUCGCGUUUCGCCGAGUUUUUCACCCACUGGAUCCAGAAAAACCGCAACCCGGGUGCGGCGCAAUCCAACGGAACGGAUCUCACAACGCAGAUGCUUGAAAGUCUUGCCCAUGCGAGCCAGACAGGCGUUACAUUUGUCAACAAAACAUAUCUCAUCACUGGGGCAGGCCCCGGCUCUAUUGGCGGCCAUAUCGCGCGCCUGUUGCUUGCCGGAGGGGCCUGUGUCAUCGUGACUACCAGUCGUGAGCCCUCGGUGGCGGCACCACAUUUCAAAAAGUUGUACGACGAGUAUAGCAGUCGUGGAUCAAAGUUACACCUGGUCCCUUUCAAUCAGGCCAGUGCUGUCGACUGCGAGCGCCUAAUUGAGUACAUCUAUGGCGAAUUAGGGCUGGAUCUGGACGCCAUCUUGCCAUUCGCAGCCACAGGCCAGGUUGGGGCGGAAAUUGACGGGCUCGAUGCCGGUAACGAGGUCGCUCUGCGUCUCAUGCUUGUGAAUGUACUACGGUUACUCGGGUUUAUAGUGACCCAGAAACGCCAGCGAGCGAUCCAUUGCCGACCAACCCAAGUGGUACUCCCACUUUCCCCAAACCAUGGAAUCCUGGGGGGCGAUGGCCUGUACGCUGAGUCUAAACGUGGACUGGAGACUGUGAUGCGCCGCUUUCACUCGGAGUCGUGGGAGGAAGAACUAUCGAUCUGCGGCGUCAAUAUUGGUUGGACUAGAUCCACCAGCCUGAUGACAACCAACGACAUGGUCGCUGAAACAGCAGAACAGCAGGGUAAGGUCCUGACUUUUUCUGGGCCCGAGAUGGCAGAACUCAUCACUCUCCUGUUGAGCCCAGCCUGGGCCACCCACUGCGAAGAUGCGCCUGUCAUGGCAGACUUUUCCGGUGCCUUGGGUGACUGGCAAAAUGCUGCUGCUGGCCUGGCGGCCGCUCGUGCAAGUAUCCAACAGCGCGCUGAAAUCGCGCGGGCCAUUGCUCAGGAGGAUGAACGGGAGUCCAGUGGGCGACUGGGCACCACAAAAGCCCAGGACCUUGUACCCAUUCGAGCCUCCCUCCGCCUAGGUUUCCCGCGCCUACCCGAGUACAUGUCAGAGGUGGAGCCUCUGCAGCAUCAACUCAUGCCAGAUCUAGUCCCAGAGGAUGCAGUGGUAGUGGUGGGCUUUGCUGAACUGGGCCCCUGGGGGAGUGCGCGCGUUCGAUGGGAGAUGGAGUCGCGGGGCCAGCUGUCGCUAGCUGGCCAUGUCGAAAUGGCAUGGCUCAUGAACCUCAUCCGACAUGCUGAUGGACCGGGACCAAAUGGCCAUUAUAUCGGAUGGGUUGAUGCGCAGAGUGGACAGCCCGUCGCCGAUGCUGAAAUUCCGCAACAAUACGGGGACACAAUCCGGACCCAUGCAGGCAUCCGGCCACUGCCAUCCGACAAUCGCGAAAUCUUCCAGGAGAUUGUGCUGGAUGAAGAUCUAGCCGCGUUUGAGACUACGCGCGCGAAUGCGGAAGCCUUACUCCAGCGACAUGGCAGCAACCUUGUCACGAUCCUCUCUUCCGGUGACGGGGAUGACGAUGACCCUUCCAGCACUUGUCAAGUCCAGCUGCGGCACGGUGCCACGAUCCGGGUCCCCAAGUCCAGCAUGGCAGGGCCAGGGGUAGCUGGUCAAUUACCCAUGGGUUGGUCUCCAGACAAGUACGGAAUUCCGGCAGAGAUUGUCCAGCAGGUCGACCCUGUGACUCUUGUGCUACUCUGCUGUGUAGCAGAGACCUUCUAUAGCGCCGGGAUCACAGAUCCCAUGGAGAUCUUUGAGCAUAUCCAUCUAUCAGAGCUGGGGAACUUUAUCGGUUCAUCCAUGGGAGGGGUCGUUAACACACGGGCUCUCUAUCAUGAUGUCUCUCUAGACCAGGAUGUCCCAUCAGACGCACUACAAGAAACGUACCUGAAUACUGCCCCAGCUUGGGUCAACAUGCUGCUGUUGGGCGCAGCAGGUCCGAUUAAGACCCCCGUGGGCGCAUGUGCAACUGCGCUCGAAUCGAUCGAUUCCGCUCUGGAGUCAAUUCAAGCCGGUCAUACCAAGAUAUGCCUUGUCGGUGGCUAUGACGAUCUCCAGCCCGAAGAAUCGGUCGGAUUUGCGCGCAUGAAGGCGACCGCCUCUGUCCCCAACGAGCAAGCCCGCGGCCGCCUGCCCACCGAGAUGUCUCGUCCAACCGCGGCCAGUCGCGCGGGUUUCGUCGAAUCUCAGGGGUGUGGGGUUCAACUACUCUGCCGCGGUGAUGUAGCCCUCGCGAUGGGCCUCCCAAUCUACGGGAUUGUCGCCGGCUCUGGCAUGGCGGCGGAUGGCGUCAGCCGCUCCGUCCCCGCUCCAGGACACGGAAUCCUCACCUUUGCACGGGAGAAUAGCAAGAGCUCUCCCGCUCCGUUGCGCGCGGCUCUCGCCCGCUGGGGUCUCGGCAUCGACGACCUCACGGUGGCUUCAUUGCACGCCACGUCAACGCCGGCCAACGACAAGAAUGAACCAGCAGUGAUCCAGUCCGAGAUGGCGCAUCUCGGACGCACCCCGGGCCGGCCGCUCUGGGCAAUCUGCCAAAAGUCCGUCACGGGCCAUCCCAAAGCUCCAGCUGCCGCUUGGAUGCUGAACGGGUGCCUCCAAGUGCUUGACUCGGGGUUGGUACCUGGCAACCGCAACGCAGAUGACAUCGAGCCAGAGCUCCGCGCAUUCGAUCAUCUAUGUUUCCCCACCCGCCCGGUUCAAACCGCGGGUGUUAGGGCAUUCCUUUUGAAUUCUUGCGGGUUCGGGCAAAAGGAAGCCCAAGUGGUGGGUGUUCAUCCUCGCUACUUCUUUGCCCUCCAGUCCGGUCCGGAGUUCCACGCCUACCAGAUCCGGGUGCAACGGCGUACGCGACAUGCUGAGCGGGCUUACAUCCGGGCCCUGAUGGGAAAUCACAUCGUGCAGGUGCAAUCGCGUCCUCCUUAUGAAGGUACAGACAUGGAUUCGAUCUUGCUAAACCCUUCCGCGCGUCUCCACCGAGAGCAGGCCACGGGAUCCUACCAUGUCUCGGUCCCAGCAGCAUCCAGUGCUCCCACGCGGGCGAGUCCCAAUGCUGCAUCCGGGAGUGUUCCUCCCCUUCGGCCAGUGUCUGCGCCGGACGCACAUCCGUCCACGGUAGGUGUGGAUACGGUAACCCUCAGCACCUUUACUGCGCAUGAGAAUUUGAUCUUCCUCCGGCGCAACUACACCGACCGCGAAUAUCAAUCGCUGCAAACACACCGAGACAUGCGGGCAGCAGUAGCAAGCGGUUGGUGCGCCAAAGAGGCCGUGUUCAAGUGUCUUAAGACAGUCUCCAAGGGCGCAGGUUCAGCGAUGAAGGAGAUCGAGAUUUUGCGAUCUCAGGGAGCGCCAUACGUCGUGCUUCAUGGAGACGCAUUGCAGGCGGCGCAAGAAGCAGGGCUUCAGAACAUCCAGUUGAGUCUGAGCUAUGCAGACGACAGUGUAAUCGCCAUUGCACUGGGAGUUCCACAGUAGGUUUCUAGCUGAUGAUUCAGUAUACAUCUCGAUCUUGGUAAAUAGACUGCAUUUAUUUCAUUUAAGUGAUGAUAAAUUAAGAAAUCAGAAUUAUAUACUUCAUUAAUUUCGACGCGAAAUUCCAUAUGCUUUCUGGAUAGUCCAGC